AAAGGAUGUUUAUCAUCAAGCCCACUGACUUCUAUGACAGAAGAUUUCUUCACCUGCUGAAAUAUUACAUUCUUCUCACUGGCAUCCCUGUGGCAGCUCUUGUGACGUUUGUUAAUAUUUUCAUAGGAGAAUCUGAGUUAGCAGAGAUACCUGAAGGUUACGAACCAGAGCACUGGGAGUACUACAAGCAUCCCAUCACCCGUUGGAUUGCUCGUACCUUUUAUGACAGCCCAGUGAAGGACUAUGAGAAAAUGAUGGCACUUAUCCAAAUGGAGGCCGAGAAGGCUGAAAUGAGGUAAGCUGUCUUUAUAUGAUUCAGCUAAUUAGGAUCAA